AUGGGUCCCGUGGAACUCGCAGGCUUAUUUGUCAGAGCUGGUGCUUCCUUUGACUGGUUAUCUACGCUCUGGGAGCCGGGUGCUGAUCCACUGCAAUGGUGGGAAAGGGAGGACAGGCAUGCUGGUGGCUGCAUUGCUGAUGACCUCCGCUGGCGGCCGGCAAACUUUGCGUGGUGCUAUCUCUUCGAUGCGUCGGGUGCGCGCAGGGAUGCUCCGCAACCCUCUGCAGCAGCUUUUCCUUCUCCUGCACCUGUACAGCAGCUUGCGAAAGCUGUAGGUAUGCAACGCAGAAUCCUGAACAUGCCUGAGCGCAAAUAUUGCCCAAGCACUGUCGGAGCCGAGCUGAUAGAUCUGGGCAUGGUCACGCAGAUCCGCCCAAGCUGUUCCACGGAAGUGGCUACAAAGGAGGAGUAG